AAGUCCAGAGGACGAAUAAGAAAAACAGGCAUUCUUGAGCUGCGUUCCAAUCUAAAAAGUCGUAACUUUCUUCCGCUCCAUUUUAUUCGUAGAUCUGAUGUGACUGAAUUUGGACGUGGCUUUUGUUACGUGGUUCUUACCCUCACAUUAUAUCGUUGUUUACUUGUACGUCACAGUGUCGGAUAUGUCAGUGACGGAGAGGAGACAAGACCGGGAACUAUUCCUAGAAUAGAGCGCAGCCUUACAAAUCAAAGAUGGCGGCCCCCUUGCUAUUGGUCCAGCGACACUGCCGGCUGUCGUACCUCUCGGUAGCCGGACGAUGCUUGAGUUCCUCCGGGCUAGCCCCCCCACGCCCCGUGCACACCAGAGUCCUCCUCUACCUGGCCCAGCGUUUCCAUGAUGUCGAGAAGUUCCUCACCUGGACUUCUGGGUUGAAGAAAUGGAGAUUGAAGAAGAAGAAUGCGUUCUAUGGCUACACCCAGGUGAACUACGGUGACAACAUAGCGACAGCCUACUACAUCCUCUGUCUCGGAGGAGGCGUCAGGUAUGCAGGCCAGCCACAGUGGUUCCGCUCAGACCGUAGAGGCAGGUUCACCUGGGACUUCAUGAACCACAAGGACUCACCUGUGGAGGAGGUGGACGCCAGCAACACUGUGAUUGACUACUCGGGUCUGGAGAAUCUGGUGAGGCAGCGAGGGCUGCGCUCUCUCUCUCUGCGGGGCUGUGAGGAGGUGGAUGACUGGUUCCUGUCCAGGCUCCAUGUGUUCCAGGACUCCCUGGAGGAGCUGGACAUCUCCCACUGCCCCCUGAUCACUGCGGGGGGCCUGGCCGCCCUGGGCAACCUCAGGAAUCUGCAUCGUCUAGACGUGUCAUCGCUCCCCAGGCUCCAGAGCCCCGGCCUGGUGGUGAUCCUGCUGGAGGAGAUGCUGCCCCACUGUCACGUCACUGCUGCUGGGUACGACCACCACCGCCUGGCCCUGGAGCCCCUGGAGGACCAGGGAGAGGAGCUGGGGAAGAGGCUGGCGUAGAGGGAGAGAGGCUGAGCUAGGGAGGGCUGGGGUGAGGGAGAGAGGCUGAGCUAGGGAGGGCUGGGGUGAGGGAGAGGAGUGUGUGGUGAUAAGGAAGAGUUGCCCAGGCUCCUGGUGAGGGGGCUGGGGGGCUGGCCCUACAGACAGACUAACAGGGGGAACCAGAGCUGUUAAACCCCCCCACACCUCAGGACCAGGAGCAGGCUGGAGCCUGGAUGAGACCCCACCGGGACCUCGUACAGACUGGGCCUGGCCCACCGAGACCUCGUACAGACUGGGCCUCGUAAAGACUGGGCCUCGUACAGACUGGGCCUCGUACAGACUGGGCCUCGUACAGACUGGGCCUCGUACAGACUGGGCCUGGCCCACCGGGACCUUGUACAGACUGGGCCUCGUACAGACUGGGCCUCGUACAGACUGGGCCUCGUACAGACUGGGCCUCGUACAGACUGGGCCUGGCUUGCUCUGGCUGACUGAAUGACAGUUGAGACUGAUGCGAGACAUAAAUGUAAAAAAUAUAUAUAUAUUUGUUGAGUAAAUUAAUGACAAAGGAUUGAUUGGUAGUCGGAUCCCUUGUCUUCCAAGAACACAAUUCGCUGUAGUAUGUACAUGAUGUGUAUUUUCUGUACAUAGUCUAUUGAUUGUGAUCAAUAAAAUGUGAA